GGGAAAGACAAGGGGCAAGACCAGGAGCAACUCCAGGAGCAACUCCAGGGCCAGGGCCAGGGCCAGGACCAGGACCAGGACCAGGAGCAAGUCCAAGAACAAGUCCAGGAGCAAGUCCAGGAGCAAGUCCAGGAGCGAGUCCACGAGCGAGUCCACGAGCAAGUCCAGGAGCAAGUCCAGGAGCGAGUCCAGGAGCAAGACCACGAGCAAGACCAGGAGCAAGACCAGGAGCAAAGGCCCGUUGAUAGGGCUGGUGGGGAGGAGCAGGUCCAAGAGCAGAUCCAAGAGCAGAUCCAGGAGCAGGACCAGGAGCAAAGGCCCGUGGAUAAGGCUGGUGAGGAGGAACAAGGCACCGGGACAGAACUUGCCGCACCGAUGCAGAAUCAGGACGAUGUCACCGACGAGGAAAUGGACUCUGACGAUGAGUCAGACCCAGAAGCGACAGCGUGUUUGAGACGCAAAAGAGAUGAGUAUGACAGCCCGCCACCAAAACGCUAUUGUUUUAAUGGCCUGGAAAGUGGCUACUGGUAG